GCCAUAGCUUAAGAGAACGAGAGACAGCGCUACCCGGAGCAGGCUGGACUUCUACUACUCCGCCUAACAUUCGGGGGAGAGAGAGAGCGCGAGAGCGAGCGAGCGAGCGAGACCGGAGACGUUCAUUGACAUAAAAGUGAAGACGCUCUCUCGGUUUAAAAAAAAAAGCAAGCGAGAUCGGGCAGGGAAGCGAGAUCCAGAGUUCUUCCUUCUCUCCCUUCCGUCUUCCUUGCGCUCUAAGGAUCUGCGAUUCAUUCUUUAUUCGCCCUUUAUUUAUUCCCCUUUCCCUUCAUCUGCCGAGAAAUCUCGUCGCUUAAAGAACUUGGAUUUUGCCCUCUUUGGUGAAAGAAAAAAAAAGGGGUGUGUGAAGAAUUUUCCCCCGUUUUUUUUUUUAAAGCCAAGAAGAAAGGGCCCAAAUCGAACCGGGCUGAAUGAAGAGUUCUUCCUAAAAAGCUUGCUGUUCAAACAAGCCCAAACCAUCCAACUUCAGCUGGGAAGCAGCGAGCCAUAACAGCUGUAAGAUCCGAGACCUUGGAAACGGGGGGAAAAAUGCACUAAAAGUUUUGGCAAACUUUUCUUCUUCGUCUCGGUUUCUUUUUUUCCUUUUUUCUUUUCUCCUCCUCCCCGGUGCUUGUGUUGGUGGUGAGAGCGAGCCGCUCGCGUGAGGUGCUUUUGCCACCGAGGGAUAGAGUGUGCGUGGAAGAGAGGGGAAGAGGAAAAUCGGUUACUAUUCGCCGUGCUGCCAGGAGGGAAUUGUUCGGGAGAAGCGGAACCGGCGGAUCGGAACCAAGCCGAGCCGAAGACCUUGAGCAAGCGAGCGCACGGCAAAAGCGAGGGCAAACUGCGUCUCUGGGGCCUCGGGAGAGCGGAGCUUAUGGACGGGUGAAACCAGAGUCUAAAUUCUACCCCCUCCCCCCCUUCAACCCCUCAGCUUGAUCAGAGCGACCGCCGAGCAAAGGAGAAGGGCUUAGACAACUCGACCGAGCCGAUCCUCCCCUCGCUCCUGGAAUCAUGAACUUUCUGCUCACUUGGAUCCAUUGGGGGUUGGCGGCGCUGCUUUAUUUCCACAACGCCAAGGUGUUGCAGGCUGCUCCUGCCCAGGGGGAUGGAGACAGGCAACAAGGUGAAGUUAUCUCAUUUAUGAAGGUCUUUGAGCGUAGUGCCUGCAGGUCAAUUGAGACCAUGGUAGAUAUUUUCCAGGAGUAUCCUGAUGAGGUGGAAUACAUCUUCAAACCAUCCUGUGUGCCCCUGAUGAGAUGUGCAGGAUGCUGUAAUGAUGAAGCACUAGAAUGUGUGCCUACAGAGAUCUACAAUGUCACCAUGGAGAUCAUGAAACUCAAACACUUUCAGAGUCAGCAUAUACAUCCGAUGAGCUUCCAGCAGCAUAGUAAAUGUGAAUGCAGACAAAAGAAAGAAGUCAGAGUUAGACAAGAAAAAAAAUCAAAGCGAGGAAAGGGGAAGGGUCAAAAAAGAAAGCGCAGGAGAGGCCGGUAUAAACCACAGAAUUUUCACUGUGAACCUUGCUCAGAAAGGAGAAAGCACUUGUACAAACAAGAUCCCUUGACCUGUAAAUGUUCCUGCAAAUUCACAGACUCACGUUGCAAGUCGAAGCAGCUUGAGUUAAACGAGCGCACUUGCAGAUGUGAAAAACCGAGGCGGUGAGCAGCAGAGAAGAAAGGGAGUGCGGGCGCAGCCUUGGUUCUGGAGCCUGACAUCUCACCUGGUCAGAAACGGAAAACAAACACUAAUCCAAAUGAACACUAAAAAUGAAGGAUCAGCAGCGCACAGCACUUUUGAGUAUGGACGAUGGACUCUGGAAGGAACAUUCCCUGACGACCUGCGCAGGAUUCACCUUUUGGUUUUGAACUGGUUUUACAGAAAAAAAAAACUUUCCUUCUCAUGCUGCUAAGAUAUAGAGCCAGGGAGAGUGGAGUGAUAUAUGCUUGGGACUCCCAAUACACAUGAAGUAUAUGUAUAUGUAUAUGAAUAUGUAUGUGUAUAUGUAUAUAUACUGAAUUUCUAAAACAUUGCUAACAUUAUUGGUGUCUUCACUGGAUAUACUCAACUGCUGUGGACACAAGUGGGCUAUUUGGGACAUAAGAAAGAAACCACGACUGGACUCCAGUCAAUACUGCUCAAUAUAUUCUUCAUACUCUUCCUGACCCUCUAAAGCCUGCUGGUCUCACUUCCUCUCCCCACUCUCCUGCCCCACUCCCGUGUGGGAGCGAAACAUUUGUACGAGAAGAGAUGGCAGGGGAUUCCCAAAAUGGCACCUUGGAAUACUGUGGGUCAAAGGUCAAGGAAAUAACUCUUAAAUGCUGGAACUGAUGGUUCAAUCAAAUUCCCUUCCCCUUCCUUCUCGGAAAUCUCUUCUGAGUCUGGCUCACAAUCUACUGGCUUCAAUGGGGUCGUCAGUGUAUAUUUUGUAUUGACUUGCUGCAGGAACAUUUUGCCACAGAUAACGUGUUUUGGCCUUACUGAUGGGAAGCGGCUGAGUUUGGACUUGUCAGCUCAAGGAGGCAUCCCUGGAAUCCUGCCAUCCCUGUUGGCUACUUAAAUAAUGGAUGUCAUAUUGGCAGAAGGAGACGGAGGAAAGAAGGGGGACUUACAGAGAGCCGGGCAGUUGAACCAGCACUGUCAACCAUCAUGCACAGAGCUGCCACUGAAGAUACUUCUGGAACAUCUCUGGAAAGGGAUAUUAAUUUAAGUAUAUAUGCGCAAUAGGCAGGAUGCGUGAGUGUGUGUGAAUGAGGGGGUACAUACAACUGUAUAGGGUUUUUCUUCUCUUUUUUGUGCCUAAUAAGUUUAAAUUGGCUUGUUACAUUUUGGGCCUUCGAGGGAAAAGCUGGUGAGAGCUUACUCUUUAGCAUUGUAAAUUUGUUAUUCUCAGUCUUGUACCAUCAAUAUAUUAAGACAUAGUAUUCUUUGCUGGACUUGUGCUGUAGGACCUAUUACCACCACUAAAAAAAAUAGCAUAGAUCCUCCCCAUUAUCAAUAAUAUCUGAAUAAUUCGUCCCAGCCAUUCGGAUAUGACUUGUAUGAAAGGUCAGUGGGACUCUACAUUGAAUUCCAGAGUUAUUCUGCUCCCAGUGUGGGCAGAAGAACUUUUGAAUUAAAGAGGGCCCUUGUGUGACAUUCUAAAACAACCUUCAUGACUUCCCUAUUUAAGAAGAUUCUACAGUUCAGUUCCAGGAAAUAUGGGGAUGAAAGGAGCAAUGUGAUUUUGGGAUGAUUCUAAAUGUGUUGUCCAUUUAUUCACUGCAGGAGCUGAAAUAACUAAAAAACACUGCUAUGAAGCAGAUGUAGAAGGAAGACAAAACCACCAUGCUUCCCUCUGUCCUUAAAGCCAUACCUAUGCCCAAAUUAGAUAAUUCACCUUGACUUUGACCUUUUCUUUUGGAGUGCCCACUGUAGACCUUACAAAUUAUGAUUGUUUUACCAGUUUCCCCAUUGACCUGUAUAGACCAGCCAUGUAAGCUUUUGGUUAGCCUCCCUCAAUCCAAGCUCUUCCAUAACUGUUAGACUCAGAGCCAAUAUUCCGAAUCAGCAAGGCAAAUAGGGCUGAGAAAAGUGGGAAUUGUUCUGGAAGGUAGCAGAUUGGGGAAGGCUAUCUCAAGCUUUUUUUGCUAGUUUUUUGAAUGCUUGGUGCUGGGUUAUUCCCAUAGCAGUUUUGGAACCUAAUUGAUAGCCUUAAGUGCUUUCUAUGCAAAAAGAUUUUUAGGUUCAGGUGCACACAGAGUCUGAUCUAAGUCCCAGAGUUAAUAGCAUUUUAACCUGCUUGGAUUUUGAUUCAUCACCAAAAUCUAAGCCAGUUUAAAUCUGAUGAAAGAGGGAGGAGUGAAUUGUUUUCUUUUUGCAUAUAGGUCCAAAACAAGUUUUAAAAAAAACUGACUGUAACCAAGCCAGUAUAUACAUAACUUUCAGAGACAGUAGACAAAGCUCUAAUACCAGGCAAUUGACAAGAUCCAUUUAACUCUGGUUUGAAGACGUCCUUUGAACAAUGUUUCUCAAAUUGGCAACUUCAAAUAUCUGGACUUUUAACUCUCAGGAUUCCUCAGCCAUGGCAGAUCCUGGCAGUUGAAGUCACACCUCUUUAAAGUUGUCAGGAUGGAGAAACACUGCCUUAGAAUAUGGGACUUGGACCAGCCAAUCUGAUUCGUUGAGAUUCAGUUUAAGCAAUCAGUAAUUGUUCUUGGGCUACAAUUUUCAGUGCCUUGCAUAUAAACACUUGAAACACCAAAGCAUCUCAGUUACCAGGCAUUUAAUAGGUAUUUGGACAGAAGGUGAUAAGGCAGAUUUUUAAAGGCAGCAAUACACUCUUAUGAAUGUCUGAAGCAAUUUGACUUGUCCAAAGAUGGACAUGGCUUCAGCUUGCUUUGCUGGGAAAUGCAAAAUGAUGCUGGUUGACGGCCUCUGGGUACCGUUCUUUGUUAAACACUCUGCAGUCCCAGAUCAAAUACGUUAGGAGAAUGAGGCUGUCGGACAUCACUGAAUCUGCAAGGACAGGAUUCCCCAUUUUUCUUACUGCAUGGAACUUUGUUGGGCUGUCACCAGGCAGCAUUCCAUCCAGAUCAGCAUUGCUGCCAUGAGAAGGCUAUUGCUACAUGGGGUGUAUGUGAUGCUUCCAUAGGUUUCUGGUUGCUAUGAAGUGAGUGAAUCAACUCUGAAGAGGAUGACUAUCUGUAUAUGUUUGAAGGGGACGGAAUCCAAGCAAAUCCUUUCCUUACCACCUUACCCUUGUACGUCCCCGCCUUCCCCUUCCAGUCCCUCUCUUUCCCCAAGACAUGUAAUGUUGAUUGGAUCUGGCCAUCUGUUUGGUCAUUGUCAGAACAUUCAUCAAUCCAUUGUUGGAGAUUGAUUGCGUAGCUGAGUCUGCAAAUGUAGAGCACUGUUCUGUGUACCUGGAAAGUUGCAUCUCAUUGCCUUCAUUGGACUGCUGUGUGUGCCUGUUUCUCAGUCUCUGAUUGUUGUUAUUUUCUUUUUUGUACUAUACUUGGUCCAUGUCAGAAUCCUGCCCAAUGCUUGUCUGUUUACAGAAAAGCAAGGAAAAACUGGCCUUAAAUCAGCCUUCGAAGAGUGUUUAUUAACCACUAUACAACCCCCCUCUAGCUGAUAGAAAUAUGGUGUGCAUUCAGUUUGUAUGCGUGUGUGUCUGUGUGGAUACAUGUGCCCAUGUGCACACUCGUAUAACUGAAUGUAUAUAUUCAUGCUGUGUGAGGUGACGUUCUAUAUACUUGUUUAAUAUCCCUUUAAAAU